AUGAAGGGGAAAUCCAAUAUGGGUUCAUCAUCCAGACGCAACGCUGGUUCGGGUACACCUUCGCCAUCAAAGCAAUCUCACCAUUCUGGCAGUCGGAAAUCUGGCAGAAAGUCAGGCCUCGCCACAAGUGCAAUUUUCGGUGAAGACGAUGAGGAUCUAAGUGAUUUAGACGAUGCAGAAGAUGCAUUGUUUAACUCCCGUCCGAUCCGCUCAAAUGCAUCAAGAACUGGUGCUCGCAGCACAUCAAGAAGUGGCUCUAAUGCCCCCACUUCAUCCAAUAAUAUUCAUUCACCAAAGCGGAAAACGGAACGCAAAAAGGAAGAGAGAAAAGCAUCUGUUCGGAAAGAAACGUACGAUCUCGAUGGGACAGACUCAGAAUUAUCGGAUGCACCAGAAGAAAAUUCAUCGAAUGCAAAGGAUGCAAGAUCCCAUCAAGAGAGCGAUGAUCCAAAUCUGACCGACUCGGAUGAUGACAUGGCCGAAAGAUUGCGGGCAGCAGGUGACGGUGAAUCUUUGCUGGGAUCAGCUAUCUCUGAUCGAGAAGGAGGAGAUACCGACCAGGAAGAAGAAAGAUUCAUUAUCGAAGACGCACGACGUCUCCAAGCAAAAGCGGAUGCACGACGCCAAUGGGAUGGAAGUACACCCCAGAGGGCAGAGAAGUCAGUGUCACCUUCCACACAGAAAAGACGGGCACAACAAGAUGAUGAUCCAUUCCCGGAUAAUGCUAGUGGCUCACUUUCUCCACAAACGCUACAACAGCUAGGUCUGGACGAAUUGUUCGGAGAAGCUGACGGUUUUCAUUCGUCUUCUGAACCAUCAUUCACGGACUUCUUCAUGUCAGAUUCAGAAGAUGGUACAGAUGAUGACGAUAUUGAGCUCGAAGCACGAUCCGAUGAUGAUCAAUUGACUACCGACGAUGAUGAUGAUGAAUCGGACAUUAGUGACAUGGAAGACGGCUUGCUCAGUGCUCCUUUCCUGAGUGAAGCAUUGGCUGCCGGUGCUGGAACACAAUUAAUGCCACACAAUCCGGAUGCUAUUGCCCAAGCCGAUAUUCCUCUUUUGGUAAUCGAAGAUCUAGAUGGACGCUUGAUAUAUGCGCGUGCAGGAGACGGUGAAGCGGUCUUUGGCUCUGACGGUGAAUUUGAAUUUGUCGACGAUAGCGAAGAGGAAAGCGAUGAAGAUGACAUUCAUUUCCCUAUGGACGGUUUCAACGGUACUCGAUGGACCAAUUGGCGCAAUGAUGAUGGGGAUGAAACUGAUGAAGGCGAAACAACGGAUGAGCUUCCCAACGAAGACAUGCCUUUCCCCCGAUUGUUAGUGGGUUCUGUUGCACCACGUGGUGGACGCAAUGCAAGGAGAGCAAGAGCAUUAGCCGCUCGAUCACGUAGAAUAUCUCCUGCUCGCGCUCGAGGUCAUUCACGAGAAAUAAGUGCAACGAAAGAUGUGAUUGAAAAUAUUGAGCAAAAUGCCAAUAUCAAUGAGACAGUCAAAGAACAAAGUGUAGCAGAAGCCGGUAAUGGAAAUUCUGCUACUUUGCAAGACGUCGACUUUUCCAUCUCUACGGAAGAUCUGGCAAGGGACCCACAGGCAACUCUGGAAGCUGCUGCUAAGUCACUUGGUUUGACGGUGGAUGAAGUUGCGCAAUUGGUCAUCGGUUCUGCUGCUUCGACUUCUAAUAAUGCAGAUGGCAAUGUACAAGCAUCUGGAAUCCCCAAUGCAGCAUAUCUCUCCCCUGAGAUGAAUAAUGUUCCGCUUCCAAUUCCUGUUACGCCUGAUCAGCAAAGAUAUCAAGCCUUCAGGCGUGCACCAUUGAUGGGAUCAUUCAUGCCCACUUCAUCAAAAGGCAUACAUAGGGCAGUGAUCGAUGGAUCAAGUCAAGCACCUUCACCCUUCUCAAACAGAUUUGGCACACAACGCAAAGGACUGGCAAAUGGAAAGAAAAGGCAGCCAAGCCAGUCUAUGUCUUCGGCAAAACGUCUACGACGCGAAAGUGCUGCUUCAAUGGCUCUCAAUUCGGAAUACAGUGAGAACCACGAGACUCAGCCUGAAGAGGAUAUGCAUGAAGACAUUGAUGAGAUGGAUUUGGAUGAUGUCAUGGAUGCAUCGAUGAUGUGGCGCGGUUCUUACUCAUCAUCACCGCCUCAUGGGUCCCUCGAAGAGAAGGCUGGUAGCUUAGGAAAGAAAAGUCCAGCUAUGAGGCCUUCAUCCGCCAGAAAAGCGUCGAAUGCAGGUGCUUCGGCUACUUCGCUUGAAAAGUCUACCGGUUUAAACUUGAAUGCCGUUGCAAGAUGGCAUCGUAUCCCAAUGGGCGCUUUCCGCGAUGGUCAAGUUACCGCAUCUCAUGCUGGUUCAUCGUCCAAUGUCAUGGCUAAUCAACAACAACCUUUAGGCUCAUUCUUGUUGACUCGCGCUCGUGGUGGCGGUCAACAUGGUGGUAAGAAUGGAGCUUCUUCUAGAGCGCAAGCAGAACAUUCACCUUUCCGUGGUCGAACCCGAGGUGACUCGAUCCACUUGGGUCAAGCACCAAAGAUGACAACAAUGCGCGAUGCAUUUAUUGUUUCACCUGUCUUAUGGCCUUCGAACAGUAACGGACAAGCAGUUCCAAAUGUCCAAUUGGGUGGUCAUCACCAAGUGAACCAACUUGUUCAAGGUCAAAAUGGUGCAAAUGACACACGGAAGAUGACGACCAGACGAGAGAAGCGUGAACGCAAAGCAAGAAGAGCUGCUUUGAAGUCAGCUUUGGAAUCUGCCGCUACUGAAGACGUGCCUGAUUCAUCCUCUCAAUCACCGUCCACUCAAGUAACCAAUGCCGGAUCCGCCUUGCUUGAUUCUCCUUCGACAGCUUUGCCGAGGUUGAGCAUCACUGAUGCAUCACCUCAUGGAUCACCACUGGCAUCAAAAUCGAAGCUAUUGCCACCAUCUGGUCUGUCAAAAGAGAUUACUGGUGAGAAGGUCAGCGAAUUUGCCGUGCCAGAUAUUGCUGCGUCGGGAAAGAAUAAGGCUAGCGGAGCAAUCGAUAUUCCUUCUUCUUCUGCCUUCUCGUCAUCUCCUUCGUUGACGGGAAUGACACAUGGAAGUCAAGCCGGCGUGACGAAUACGAUGAGCGGAAGUAUGCCUACCACAAGUCCAUCUUCCAGUUUGUCAAGUCAACAUCAACCACCUUCAUCCGUGUUUGGCAUGCCACUCCAUUCACCUUUAUUCGGUUCAAUUUUGAAUCCUACCAACCUCGGCUUUCGUGAUGAUUUAGAUGAGAGGGAUGAAGAAGGAAUCCUAACAAUCUGA